AUGAAUGAAUGUUUGAAAUAUCAAAAGCCAAACAAUAAAUGCAUGAGAUAUGCAAUUAUUUCACACAACAUUGAUUUUGUUACAUUCUUGAUGAAUAAUUACAAUAUAGAGAUCGAUUUAUUUCAUUGCAAAUUGUAUAAUAAUCUUGAAUCAUUUUUUGUUUAUUUCGAUCAAACUAAUGAUAUUAACACUUGUUUUAUUAAUUCAGUGAUGUUUAAUAUUCCAUCUCUUUGUAAAUAUUUCCUUUCACAAGGUGCAAGUAUCAAUGCAAAAGAUGAAUAUGGUGCAACAGCUCUUCAUCAAGCUGCACGAUUUAAUUGUAUAGAAAUAGCUGAAUUCCUUAUUUCAAGUGGUUUAAAUGUCAAUGAAAAAAAUGCAUACGAAGAAACCUCUCUUCAUUAUGCAGCACGUUUUAAUAGUAAAGAGGUUGCUGAACUUCUUAUUUUAAAAAGUGUAAAUGUCAAUGAAAAAUGUAAUAGUGGAGAAACUGCUCUUCAUUGUGCAGCAGAAAAUAAUUGUAAAGAAACAGCUGAACUUCUUAUUUUAAAUGGUGCAAAUAUCAAUGAAAAAAGUAAUAAUGGAGAAACUCCUCUUGAUACUGCUAAAGAAAAUAGUCAUAUAGAAACUAUCGAACUUCUUAUUUCACAUGGAUGA